AUGUUUGGACGGGUACUCGCGCCUUGCAAUUGUUUUCGCCUCGGUCCAAGGUGGCUUAUCGCCGCUUUGGUAAUAUUAGCGCUCUUGUUCUUUCCAACAAAGGAGAAACCCGUGUAUAGAGACGAAACUUUCGGCCUUCUCAGUACAACUUCGGCAAACUCACGAUUCGCCAUCGCUACGUUUCUGACUGGGGGCCGUGCCGCGGUAGUGGACAACAUUGCCUUUCAGUCUAAUCCCUAUUUCACCGCUACUCGUGUUCUCUUAUAUCAAACUCUGCAUUCUCCAGAGACAAGAUGCAAUAGUUCGGUAGACUUUAUUGCCUUGGUUACGUCCAAUGUCCCGGAAGAGAAUAGACAACAGUUGCGCGACGAGGGAGCGGUCGUGGUAGAAGCACAGGACAUUCCCCUUAAAUGGUGGGUAAAGACCGGAGUGACAAGGUGGAAGGAUCAGUUCUUGAAGCUGAGAUUAUUCGAAAUGACACAAUACGACCGGCUUCUUUUUAUCGAUGCUGACACGCUGAUACGGGGCAAAAUCGACGACGUUUUCCACGAACUCGAGGUCAAAACACCGGCCCCAACACUACAUCACCAUCAAAAGAAAAGGGACGAAGCGCAACUCCCUAACCAGUACAUGUUUGCGGCUCGUUCAGACAAUCAGCUGACCGGAGAGCGAGACCAUCCAUUUCCACCACUAAACACCAACGUGUUCAGCGCUGGGUUUUGGGUUGCUGCACCAUCCCGCGAAUUAUUCGACUACUUAAUGUCAGCCAUGAGACAUUACGGCCGAUUCGAUCCUCACACAAUGGAACAGAGCCUGCUCAACUAUGCUUUCCGCCGAGGCGGCCCAAUGCCGUGGCGAGAAUUGCAUCAUAAAUGGAGCGCAACGUGGCCGAGUCACAGAGAUCUUGAAGGAAAUGUAGCGUCCUUACAUGAGAAGUUUUGGAAUACCGGGCCAGAGGAACUGGUAGAUUUAUGGACGUCGGAAAAGGAAAAGAUGGAGGAGUUUUUCCUGAACAAGACCAGUUCGACACAAAGAUGA